AAAUUUCCCGAAAAGAAAAAGGAAAACCCCCCCAGCCAGGAGGAAAGGAGAUACGAGGCAAAGGACCAGGGCGCUCCUCUCCCCGCGCACCGGGCAAAAGUCUCUUAAAAAUUUACAUAUGAAAGCCUGAAUGCCUGCCUCUGGGGGCUGGGGGCUGAUGGGGCGACGCCACAGACAGCACACAUGCAACGGGCGUCGUCCUCGUCCACGUCGUUGGGUAUUUGCAAUUGCCAGCGAAGUAUUAAUGGCAGCAUUUGAAUAACAAUGCAGCGACAGAGGAUUCGAUGUGAAUGUGAAUGGGGAUAUGGAUGGAUGGUGGAUGGUGUCGACUCCGACAGGGCAAACGACAUGGCAUUGCAAUGCCACCUCUGCGGGGCACAAUUAAUGCCUAGCAACGGACUAAUUUGAGCUGCAGUCGGGAGCCGCCUUCCCUCUCUACGAAACAACAAAGUAUCGGGAAAAUCCUGCGGAGAAAUGCAUUUCCAACCUUCGAGCGGCUCUUCUGGCCUCUUUUAAGCGUCGGAUCGCGGGUCCAGAGGCGAUUUCCAGGAACGUUCCGAUGGCAGCAGCCCACGUAGCAUAAUGAGCACAGAAUUCCGGGGAAUUUCGCCAGUGGACGACUGAGAAGGGAAUUCAUUGAGGGUCUGUGUCUCGGUCUCGGUCUCGGUCUGGGUCUGGGUCUGGGUCUUGCGGUCCGGUCUCUGAAAUAUGCAAACGUCAUUCGGAUGCUGUUAAUUAUGGAUGGGAUCCCUGGGAUUCCUUGGGAGUGUGGGGCAGCCUGAAACGGUAAUCCCAGGCACCAUUCUUUUAUAAAUCAACUCGAUUUGAGUGCCAGAUUUUAGUUUGUAUGUGCAAGAAAAUUUCUUGUAAAUAUUGGACAGAAAUUUGGGUGUAGAAUGCUCAAAUACGGAUACGUUUGGCAGCUGGUGGUCGUCGUCGUGCUCCUGCAGGUGGAGGGUCUGCGGGGCGAAGGUCCCCCUUCGCUCUCCGUCCGACAUCCUCCCGUAUCCAAUAUCCUCAUCUGUAUGCCCAUCUUUCAGACAAAAUCGGGAGCUACUGCUGCGUCUAUUCCCCGAAGAUCGGCUGCCAGGCGGCCAUCAACACCCACAUGUACAAGUACGAGUCGAAUCCCGUGUCCUACUGCAAGCGCUGCAUCGAUCGCUGCCUCUGCGACAUGGGGGACACGGGCCACCAUCGAGCGAGUCCCUCGACAUGGCCCGCACUCCUGCUCGGUGUCCUGGCCAUCACGACGCUGGGGCUCCACAUGAGGCCCGAAUUCUCGUGAUCUGUGCGAAAAGGAGAGCUGGAAACCCCCCCCGUUGUAUGCCCCGGAUCAGACAGCAUCCAGUUGCCACAGAAACCAUCAAUUAAGGGCUGGCUUCCAUGAAUCUGCAGAAACAGGACAGGAGGUGUGUCCAAUCGAAAGGGAAACUUUGCCAACUUUUUGUGUGUGUGCGUGUGUGUGUGUGUCGAAACAGUUGUGAGACGGGAGGCCAUAGAAACAAUCACACAUCCUGUCAUGAGCUGGAUCGUGGCUCAUCUAUGUUUCUGCUGUGUGUUUGGAGGGUGUUUGGUGGUGCGCGUAUCCCUAAUGAAAUUAAAUUAAAUGUAUCUCCGCCAGUUGGAUGGCAAAUAAAACGUUUGAA